UGGGAAAGUGGCAGCCCAGUACCCGAAAUGGUUUGAAAAUGUGCAGAGACGGGUUGCUGAAGUUUUUUUAAAAAAAGUUUGUUGAAUGGUUGGCCGAAUAACCUAGAAGAAACCUACAGCCUUCGGCCACCAAGUGGCUGAGCCCACAAGGAUUCACUCAUUCAUUCAUUCAUUUAUAUAUUCAGCAAAUGAAUGUGCACCAGGGCGGGCCAGCGGGGAGCUGUUGCGGGUGGUGAGGGGGGUUGGACUGAAGAACCAGUGUAGGUCCAGCUAUGGUUGAAUGUGGGCCUGGGCUUCCACAAUGGGAUUGGCUCUUAGAUGAGCAAUGAAGAGUAGGCUGAGGACCCAGCAAGUCCACACCCUAUCUCCACCUGGCCAGGAGGCUUUGAGUGCUCCCCUGAGCCUAAACCCUGGCGGUUAGCUUUGAGUGUGAUCUGUGCCCGGGUUAGGGGUUCUGGGUCCUUCAGAGGGCCCCUUUGUGGGCGGCCACAGUGGAGAUUUCCUCAGAAGAGUCUGAUCUGGUAGUGAGGCAGAGUUCGGGAGGCUUCAACACUUGAGUGAACGCUAGGAAUUGUGUGUACCCUGGCCACACAAUUGCUGGCCCUCUUGCCUACAGAAGGCAUGGCAGGUUGUUCCCUGGUCUCUGUGAGCCGGCAGUGGUGGCCAGCGUGUGCCAUGGACUCUGAGGUCAGCAACGGCUCAGGCCUGGAGGCUGAGCACAUCACAAACCUACUGGUGUUCGGCUUUCUCCAAAGCUCUGGCCAUAAUUUCCACCAAGAGCUGGAGAAACUGGGUCACGAACUGCCCAUACCAGUUUACCCAGAAGCAGACCUUGAGGACGAGCUGCAGACAGAUGGCAACCGGCCUAGCCGCGCCUUCUACCAUGGAAGAAUAGAACCAGAUUCUGAAAGUCAGGAAGAACUCAUCCAGAACCUUGCCAGACAUCUCGCCCAAGUAGGCGAUGAGAUGGACCAGCGCAUCCGGCCCACGCUGGUGAGACAGCUGGCCUCGCAGUUCAUGACCGGCGACCUGUCGGAGGAAGACAGAAGGAACUACCUGGCCCAAGCCCUCGAUGAGGUGAAGACGGCCUACCCUAAAGACAUGGAGAGCGACAAGGCCAUGCUGAUAAUGACCAUGCUGCUGGCCAAAAAAGUGGCCAGUCACAUGCCGUCCUUGCUCCGUGAUGUCUUUCGCACGACAGUGAACUUUAUUAACCAGAACCUGUUCACCUAUGUGAGGAACUUGGUUAGAAAUGAGAUGGACUGACGGUGCCCACAGACUCUUGACUGGCUGAAAUCUGAUAUGGCAAGAACAGUGAAGCUGCCUCCAAAGAAGGAACCGUGGCCAUAUAAGCAGGUGUUGGAGUGAAGACAGGCCCCAGACAGCAGCUGUGUCUCCUUAUUUCAGGACGGUGUUCUAACCUGAGCAUUCACGGAACAUUUCUGCAUUGAGCUAGUCGAAUGAAGAUGUCAGCUGUCUCUCGAGGGGUUAUGACAGCUCAUGCAUCCACACAUGUACCUCUAUCUUAUCGGCUGUACAGGUUCCCACUUGGAAAUUAAACUUAAAAGCAGGCUGUAAGGCAGAGAAACUUAUUUGUAAUGUGAAGUUCAUGAGAAGCCUGCUCUGGUCUUCAGCAGUCUUCACCAUGGAGGUGGGCUUCUGUUUAAGGAGGACAGUGGUAGGAGAGGCACCCAGCCUAAGGGAGGGCCAUCAUCGUGCUCAGAAGGCCACAGCCUGCCCUUUUAUAAAAGCUGAAUGGUAAAGAGGUUUGAGACUGGGAUUCUGUUCUCAAGCCAUGGGAAGCACCGACCACCCAACCACAGGAGUUUGGCUGUUGCAGGGGUGGCAAAGUUGCCAUCUUCUCCCCUCCGGCUAACAUCACAGAAGACUUAGUGCGUGUAUCAAAGCCAAACAUUCCCUUGGCAAAGGUCUCCCUGUGUGUCCUCAAACGCUGGGUGUUUCUCCGGCUUAGCCUUCCUAAAGCUGGGAUUGCAGGCCUGAGCCACCGCAGCCUGCAGGCGCUCCAAUCUUGAACUCAUCCCAGCUGUGAUGCUUGGGGGUAUCCUGGAAAGUGGUGGAUUUUUCUUUAGUUACAUAAUCCUUGUGGGGACAUAAUUGUUCAGAGAAAAUUUUUCGUUCUGUUCUAAAACUAUGUGAUUGUUUUAAAUGGUAGAAAUUUGUUUCUUCAAAAUAAAAGGUUCUUCUCUAAAAA